AUGGUCUCAUUGAUGGACAGCCUGUCGGCCCUUCCUGAUAAAGGAUCAGGCGUCAUGGUUAUGUCCAAAGCAUAUGCUAUUUCCCGCGGCUUCAACAUCGACAGGAAUCUUCAGAAAUUUCUUGAUCUUGAGCUUGCUGAUGGUUCUGAAGCCUUCACAUGUGGCCUAGUCCGCGGGGUAGACUGGACAUUUGCUGCAUCACGACAAAGCGUGAAAUGCGACUUCUACGUUCUUGAAGACUUGUGUACGAAUGUUGUGCUUCCCAACGACUUCUUGUUUGGAUUAGACGUUUUUUCCACGGAAUCAGAGUUCCUGUCCAAGCUUUCUUAUAGCGAAGACUAUUCAGAGCUAUUGCUCAUAAGCCUCAAGGGGAAUUGUCCAGCUGAGUUGCCGCCGCAUGAAGACCUGGCCAACAUCGAUCCCGCCAGCGAGUACUUGCAGAGCUGCAUCAUCGCGACGAAGUGGACAACCUAA